AAAACGAAGGGAAAAUAAAAGACUCUCGUCAUAAAAUGUCAAAAACCCUAGACCCUUUCUAUCAGAGAGAAGCAGAGCAGUAGGUGAUGGGACUCUCUAAUACCCUCGAUUGGUUGUUGGCAAUUGGCGUUUGGUGCAGUGCAUAUCUCGCAGUUGCAAUCUUCUCGUCUUCCCCAAUCUUCAACUUUAUCCGUCUUAUUCUCUGAAUUAGCAGCUUUGGAAGAAAACCCAGAUAUCUAAAAUGGGUUAUGCACAACUGGUUAUUGGCCCUGCUGGCAGCGGCAAGUCGACUUAUUGCUCUAAAUUGCACGAACACUGUACAACUGUUGGGAGGAAUAUUCAUAUUAUUAACUUGGAUCCCGCUGCAGAAAAUUUUGACUACCCUGUGGCCAUGGAUAUUAGGGAGCUUGUUUCCUUGGAUGAUGUUAUGGAGGAACUUGGAUUGGGUCCCAAUGGUGGACUUUUGUACUGCAUGGAACACCUUGAAGACAAUCUGGAUGAUUGGCUCACAGAGGAAUUGGACAAUUACUUGGAUGAUGACUACUUAGUUUUUGACUGCCCAGGCCAGAUAGAACUUUUUUCGCAUGUUCCUGUGCUAAAGAACUUUGUGGACCAUUUGAAGCGUAAAAAUUUCAGCGUCUGCGCCGUAUACUUGCUUGAUUCACAGUUCAUGACGGAUGUGACAAAGUUUAUUAGUGGGUGCAUGUCAUCCCUUUCUGCAAUGGUUCAACUUGAAGUACCACAUGUCAAUAUCCUCUCCAAAAUGGACCUUGUGGCCAAAAAAAAGGAUGUUGAAGAUUUCUUGAAUCCGGAGCCUCAAGUUUUGUUAUCAGAGUUGAAUCAACGCAUGGCUCCUCAGUUUGCAAAGCUAAACAAAUCUUUGGUUGAACUGGUUGAUAAUUAUGGCAUGGUGAGUUUUGUGCCUCUAAACUUGAGAAAAGCGACAAGCAUAAGCUAUGUCCUGGCGCAGAUCGAUACCUGCAUUCAGUAUGGAGAAGAUGCUGACGUGAAGAUUAAGGAUUUUGAUCCAGAAGAUGAAGAUUAAGGAACUUGAUGAUCUAGAAGAUGGCUGAGCUACCUUGUUAAACUUUUAACUCUUGAUCUUUAAAUGAUCUAAAAGAUGUGGGUAGCAUUGUGAAUAUGCAAGACCAAAUUAUUAACUCUUGUUUGAAAUAUGAGAAUUAUAUGUGAGAGUAGAACCAUAUGAAGUACAUUUCUGAUUUAUAUAACUUCUAUUACAGUAUCAA